GGCCCCUACCUGUAUAACUCAGGGUCUGUAGACAUGGUUCUGGGAAAGCCAGACCAGAUCAGACAAGGAGAGGAGGAAGGUGGCCUUUGAGCUCCACGUGCCUUCAUGGCUGCCAACGAUGCAGGGGCUCCUUGCUGCUCAGACACAGAAGCAAAACAUAAAUAGGCAACAGAGUCCAAGUCCAAGUCACAGUGGAAGCCGAAGCCAAAGCCAGAGCCCCAGUCCCAUUGUCAGUCCCAGCCCUAGUCCACCCAGGACUGGUAACAGGACAGCACACUGCAGUAGCCAUCACUCCUCAUCCCAUGCCCAACCCCACACUCACUCCCACCAUUUGCAUAACACCAACCAUCAUCCCUCCAACACUUGUCCUACAAGAAGGAAGGCAACAGGGCUAGCAAAAAGAAAGGCCAAGAAAGGUCGGUCACCAUAUGGAAGGGAAAAACGAGCAGAUAGAAGAGCUCCAGUCCUGAAGAGAAAGAUCCCAGUCCUCUGGAGCAGGGGAAGCAGCCUCCACAGAGACAGAGACAGGCUCUGGAGCAGCCACACAGUCAUUAGCCUGGAGAGCAGCAGAGACAGCUCCAGGGAGACACCCAAGGAUGAGACACCUUGCUGGGUAGGAGAACAGAGAUUCCUGGGAAGGAGAGAGGCAGUGACACCUGAUGAGCAGUGCAGACCAAUGGAGAGGCCCUCAAAAGCCUCACAGAGUAGGGGCAGCACCUGGAAGGGGCUCCUGAUCAUCACAGCCUCCAUCCUCAGCUGCUGGAUCCAGCCAACGUCUGCUCAAGAUAUCACAGUUGAAGUAGAGCCACCCCUUGGGACACAAGGCUUAAGCGUCACCUUUCAUAUCGUGGGGUACUCGGGGACUCCUGUUAUGUAUAAUUGGUACUAUAAGACAUCAGCUCAGCAACCCAGCAGGAAACACAUCGUGACAUACAGUACUUAUAAUAGAAGACAGUUACAGACCAAUAUUCGGCAGAGGGUAUACCAUAAUGGCUCCAUGUUUUUCCCCAACCUCCUCGUCAAUGACUCUGGUUACUAUGAAGUACAGAUCAUCAAAGAUAGGUGGACUCUGGACAGACCUGAAGCAGGAGCCCCACUGAAGGUGUAUGUGGGAUUAUCCAAACCUAACAUUGUCACCUCCAACAAUACUGCAGUGGAGAACAAUGACUUCACAUUGACCUGCAAUGCUACGGGUUACCUUCCCUCAACAACGUGGUACAUAAACCAACGUGUCCAACAUGGUACUGGUAGGAUACGGCUGAGCCCGGAUAACAAGACACUCACUCUCCCCCAAAUCACAAGAAGUGAAAACAAAGGACCCUAUAUGUGUGAAAUGGUGAACAUAGUUAGUCAUGUUAAUAGCGAUGGAUUCAUUCUGGAUGUUGCCUAUGGUCCAGAUAGCAUGACGAUUCUCCCUGCAGCCGAUCGUUACAAUGUAGGGGAGCAUAUUCAGUUGACCUGUUCUGCUCAAUCAUGUAACCCACCUGCCCAAUUGACUUGGUUACAAAAUGGACAACCGGUCAGCAACUCAGGCACAUUCUCUGCUACUGCGGCCCUAAAUCAUGCUGGAAACUAUACCUGUGUUGCAUACAACUCAUUGACUGGCAUAAGACACAGCCAAAGCAUGAAUAUUAUAAUCUAUGGGCCACUAUCCAAGCCUAUCAUUCUUACCUCCAACAAUACUGCAGUGGAGACCAAGGACUUCUCAAUGACAUGCCAGCCUUCGGGUGCAAUUGUCACAACCCGGUGGUUCAUAAAUGGACUUCCUGCAGGUGGUAACAGGAUACAGCUGUCCCCGGAUAAGAGUAUACUCACUAUCCGCAAUCUCAGAAGAACAGAAAACAAAGGACCCUAUGAGUGUGAAACUGAAAAUACAGUUAGUGUCAAUAAGAGUGAUCCAUUCACACUGGAUGUUACCUAUGGCCCAGAUAAUGCCACGAUUGCCCAUUUAAGCAAUGUGUACCCUACUGGGGCAAAUAUUAUCUUUAACUGUUCUGCUGAUUCUAACCCACCAGUCCAAUUCACUUGGUUAUACAACGGACAACAGAUCAGAAAUUCACCCAUAUUUUCUAUUAUUGCAUCUGUGGGUGAUGCUGGCACCUAUACCUGUACUGCAUCCAACUCAUUAACUGGCUUGACGCGCACCGCAAGCAAGACUCUUAGAAUCUAUGCUCCACUGUCCAAACCAACAAUUCUCAUCUCCAACAAUACUGCAGUGGAGACCAAGGACUUCUCAAUGACAUGCCAGGCUACGGGUCAAAUUGAAGCUUACCAGUGGUUCAUAAAUGGACUUGCCCCAGUUGGUAGCAGGAUACAGCUGUCCCGGGAUAAUAGGAUACUCACUCUCCCCAGGCUCACAAGAAGGGAUAACCAAGGGCCUUAUGUGUGUGGAAUUGAGAACGCAUUGUUUAGUAGUAUGAGUGAUCCAUUCAUACUGGAUGUUACCUAUGGCCCAGAUACUGCCACAAUUGUCCGAACACCAGAAGUGUACCCUACUGGGGAAAAUAUUACCUUUAACUGUUCUGCUGAUUCUAACCCACCAGCCCAAUUCAUUUGGUUACGGAAUGGACAACAGAUCAGAAAUUCAUCCAUAUUUUCUAUUAUUGCAUCCCUGAGUGAUGCUGGCACCUAUACCUGUAGUGCAUCCAACUCACUCACUGGCUUGACGCGCACUUCAAACAAGACUAUUAGAAUCUAUGCGCCACUGUCCAAACCAACCAUUCUCAUCUCCAACAAUACUGCAGUGGAGACCAAGGACUUCUCAAUGACAUGCCAGGCUACGGGUCAAAUUGAAGCUUACCAGUGGUUCAUAAAUGGACUUGCCCCAGUUGGUAGCAGGAUACAGCUGUCCCGGGAUAAGAGGACACUCACUCUCCCCAGGCUCACAAGAAGGGAUAACCAAGGGCCUUAUGUGUGUGGAAUUGAGAACGCAUUGUUUAGUAGUAUGAGUGAUCCAUUCAUACUGGAUGUUACCUAUGGCCCAGAUAUUGCCACGAUUGUCCAUACACCGGAUGUGUACCCUACUGGGGCAAAUAUUAUCUUUAACUGUUCUGCUGAUUCUAACCCACCAGCCCAAUUCAUUUGGCUACAGAAUGGACAAAGGGUCAGCAGCUCAGCCACAUUUUCUAUUAUUGCAUCUCUGAGUGAUGCUGGCACCUAUACCUGUACUGCAUCCAACUCAUUAACUGGUUUGACUCGUACUGCAACCAAGAAUAUUACAAUCUAUGCACCACUGUCCAAACCAACCAUUCUCAUCUCCAACAAUACUGCAGUGGAGACCAAGGACUUCUCAUUCACAUGCCAGGCUAAAGGUCAAAUUCAUGCUUACCGGUGGUUCAUAAACGGACUUGCCGCAGCUGGUAGCAGGAUACAACUGUCCCCGGAUAAGAGUACACUCACUCUCCCCAGGCUCACAAGAAGGGAUAACAAAGGGCCAUAUGUGUGUGAAAUCGAGAACCCAUUGUUUAGGAAUAGGAGUGAUCCAUUCCCACUGGAUGUUACCUAUGGCCCAGAUAUCGCCACGAUUGUCCGUAGACCGGAUGUGUACCCUCCUGGGGCAAAUAUUACUUUGAGCUGUGUAGCUGAUUCUAACCCACCAGCACAAUUCACUUGGUUACAGAAUGGACAAAGGAUCGGCAACUCAGCCACAUUUUCUAUUAUUGCAUCCCUGAGUGUUGCUGGCACCUAUACCUGUACUGCAUCUAACUCAUUCACUGGUUUGACGCGUACUGCAACCAAGAAUAUUAUGAUCUAUGCACCACUGUCCAAACCUACCAUCAUCACCUCCAACAAUACUGCAGUGGAGUCCAAGGACUUCUCAAUGACAUGCAAUGCUACAGGUCAAAUUCACGCUUACCGGUGGUUCAUAAAUGGACUUGCCCCAGGUGGUAACAGGAUACAGCUGUCGCCGGAUAAGAGGACACUCACUAUCCGCAGUCUCAGAAGAACGGAAAACAAAGGGCCCUAUGUGUGUGAAAUCGAGAACCCAUUGUUUAGGAAAAGGAGUAAUCCAUUCACACUGAAUGUUACCAAUGGCCCAGAUAACGUCACAAUUGUACAUUCAGCCAAUGAGUACCCUAGUGGGGCAAAUAUUACCUUGAGCUGUGUUGCUGAUUCUAACCCAGCAGCACAAUUCACUUGGUUACACAAUGGACAACCAGUCAGCAACUCAGCCACAUUUUCUAUUAUUGCAUCCCUGAGUGAUGCUGGCACUUAUACCUGUACUGCAUCUAACUCAUUCACUGGUUUGACGCGUACUGCAACCAAGAAUAUUAUAAUCUAUGCGCCACUGUCCAAACCUACCAUUGUCACCUCCAACAUUACUGCAGUGGAGACCAAGGACUUCUCAUUGACAUGCCAGGCUACAGGUCAAAUUCACGCUUACCAGUGGUUCAUAAACAGAGUUGCCCCAGCUGGUAGCAGGAUACAGCUGUCGCCAGAUAAGAGGACACUCACUCUCAGCAGGCUCACAAGAAGAGAUAACAAAGGCCCAUAUGAGUGUGAAAUCCGGAAUCCAUUUUAUAGCAAUAGGAGUGAUGCAUUCACACUGGAUGUUGCCUAUGGCCCAGAUAUUGCCACAAUUGACCAUAUAAGUGAUCAGUUCGCAACGGGGAUAAAUGUUACCUUGAGCUGUGUUGCUGAUUCUAACCCACCAGCACAAUUCACUUGGUUACAGAAUGGACAAUCUGUCAGCAACUCAGCCUCAUUUUCUAUUAUUACAUCCCUGAAUCAUAUCGGAAACUAUACCUGUAUUGCAACUAACUCAUUUACUGGCUUGACGCGCACUGCAAACAAGACUCUUAUGAUCUAUGCGCCACUGUCCAAACCUACCAUUCUCACCUCCAACAAUACUGCAGUGGAGACCAAAGACUUCUCAUUGACCUGCAAUUCUACAGGUCAAAUUCACGCUUACAAGUGGUUCAUAAACGGAGUUGCCCCAGCUGGUCACAGGAUACAACUGUCGCCAGAUAGGAGGACACUCACUCUCCGCAGUCUCACAAGAAGCGUUAACAAAGGGCCCUAUGUGUGUGAAAUUGAGAACCCAUUUUAUCGCAAUAGGAGUGAUCCAUUCACACUGGAUGUUGCCUAUGGCCCAGAUAUCGCCACAAUUGUACAUUCCCCCGAUGAGUACCCUACUGGGGCAAAUAUUACCUUGAGCUGUGUUGCUGAUUCUAACCCUGCAGCACAAUUCACUUGGUUACACAAUGGACAACCAGUCAGCAACUCAGCCACAUUUUCUAUUAUUGCAUCCCUGAGUGAUGCUGGCACUUAUACCUGUACUGCAUCUAACUCAUUCACUGGUUUGACGCGUACUGCAACCAAGAAUAUUAUAAUCUAUGCGCCAGUGUCCAAACCAUCCAUUGUCACCUCCAACAUUACUGCAGUGGAGACCAAGGACUUCUCAUUGACAUGCCAGGCUACAGGUCAAAUUCACGCUUACCAGUGGUUCAUAAACGGAGUUGCCCCAGCUGGUAGCAGGAUACAGCUGUCGCCAGAUAAGAGGACACUCACUCUCAGCAGGCUCACAAGAAGAGAUAACAAAGGGCCAUAUGAGUGUGAAAUCCGGAAUCCAUUUUAUAGCAAUAGGAGUGAUCCAUUCACACUGGAUGUUGCCUAUGGCCCAGAUAUUGCCACAAUUGACCAUAUAAGCGAUCAGUUCGCAACUGGGAUAAAUGUUACCUUGAGCUGUGUUGCUGAUUCUAACCCACCAGCACAAUUCACUUGGUUACAGAAUGGACAAUCUGUCAGCAACUCAGCCUCAUUUUCUAUUAUUACAUCCCUGAAUCAUAUCGGAAACUAUACCUGUAUUGCAACUAACUCAUUUACUGGCUUGACGCGCACUGCAAACAAGACUCUUAUGAUCUAUGCGCCAGUGUCCAAACCUACCAUUGUCACCUCCAACAUUACUGCAGUGGAGACCAAGGACUUCUCAUUGACAUGCCAGGCUACAGGUCAAAUUCACGCUUACCAGUGGUUAAUAAACAGAGUUGCCACAGCUGGUAGCAGGAUACAGCUGUCGCCAGAUAAGAGGACACUCACUCUCAGCAGGCUCACAAGAAGAGAUAACAAAGGGCCAUAUGAGUGUGAAAUCCGGAAUCCAUUUUAUAGCAAUAGGAGUGAUGCAUUCACACUGGAUGUUGCCUAUGGCCCAGAUAUUGCCACAAUUGACCAUAUAAGCGAUCAGUUCGCAACGGGGAUAAAUGUUACCUUGAGCUGUGUUGCUGAUUCUAACCCACCAGCACAAUUCACUUGGUUACAGAAUGGACAAUCUGUCAGCAACUCAGCCUCAUUUUCUAUUAUUACAUCCCUGAAUCAUAUCGGAAACUAUACCUGUAUUGCAACUAACUCAUUUACUGGCUUGACGCGCACUGCAAACAAGACUCUUAUGAUCUAUGCGCCAGUGUCCAAACCAUCCAUUGUCACCUCCAACAUUACUGCAGUGGAGACCAAGGACUUCUCAUUGACAUGCCAGGCUACAGGUCAAAUUCACGCUUACCAGUGGUUCAUAAACGGAGUUGCCCCAGCUGGUAGCAGGAUACAGCUGUCGCCAGAUAAGAGGACACUCACUCUCAGCAGGCUCACAAGAAGAGAUAACAAAGGGCCAUAUGAGUGUGAAAUCCGGAAUCCAUUUUAUAGCAAUAGGAGUGAUCCAUUCACACUGGAUGUUGCCUAUGGCCCAGAUAUUGCCACAAUUGACCAUAUAAGCGAUCAGUUCGCAACGGGGAUAAAUGUUACCUUGAGCUGUGUUGCUGAUUCUAACCCACCAGCACAAUUCACUUGGUUACAGAAUGGACAAUCUGUCAGCAACUCAGCCUCAUUUUCUAUUAUUACAUCCCUGAAUCAUAUCGGAAACUAUACCUGUAUUGCAACUAACUCAUUUACUGGCUUGACGCGCUCUGCAAACAAGACUCUUAUGAUCUAUGCGCCACUGUCCAAACCUACCAUUCUCACCUCUAACAAUACUGCAGUGGAGACCAAAGACUUCUCAUUGACCUGCAAUGCUACAGGUCAAAUUCACGCUUACAAGUGGUUCAUAAACGGAGUUGCCCCAGCUGGUCUCAGGAUACAGCUGUCGCCAGAUAGGAGGACACUCACUCUCCGCAGUCUCACAAGAAGCUAUAACAAAGGACCCUAUGUGUGUGAAAUCGAGAACCCAUUUUAUCGCAAUAGGAGUGAUCCAUUCACACUGGAUGUUGCCUAUGGCCCAGAUAUCGCCACAAUUGUACAUUCAGCUGAUGAGUACCCUCCUGGGGCAAAUAUUACCUUGAGCUGUGUUGCUGAUUCUAACCCUGCAGCACAAUUCACUUGGUUACACAAUGGACAACCAGUCAGCAACUCAGCCACAUUUUCUAUUAUUGCAUCCCUGAGUGAUGCUGGCACUUAUACCUGUACUGCAUCUAACUCAUUCACUGGUUUGACGCGUACUGCAACCAAGAAUAUUAUAAUCUAUGCGCCACUGUCCAAACCUACCAUUCUCACCUCCAACAAUACUGCAGUGGAGACCAAAGACUUCUCAUUGACCUGCAAUGCUACAGGUCAAAUUCACGCUUACAAGUGGUUCAUAAACGGAGUUGCCCCAGCUGGUCUCAGGAUACAGCUGUCGCCAGAUAGGAGGACACUCACUCUCCGCAGUCUCACAAGAAGCAAUAACAAAGGGCCCUAUGUGUGUGAAAUCGAGAACCCAUUUUAUAGCAAUAGGAAUGAUCCAUUCACACUGGAUGUUGCCUAUGGCCCAGAUAUCGCCACAAUUGUACAUUCCCCCGAUGAGUACCCUACUGGGGCAAAUAUUACCUUGAGCUGUGUUGCUGAUUCUAACCCAGCAGCACAAUUCACUUGGUUACACAAUGGACAACCAGUCAGCAACUCAGCCACAUUUUCUAUUAUUGCAUCCCUGAGUGAUGCUGGCACUUAUACCUGUACUGCAUCUAACUCAUUCACUGGUUUGACGCGUACUGCAACCAAGAAUAUUAUAAUCUAUGCGCCAGUGUCCAAACCUACCAUUCUCACCUCCAACAUUACUGCAGUGGAGACCAAGGACUUCUCAUUGACAUGCCAGGCUACAGGUCAAAUUCACGCUUACCAGUGGUUCAUAAACGGAGUUGCCACAGCUGGUAGCAGGAUACAGCUGUCGCCACAUAAGAGGACACUCACUCUCAGCAGUCUCACAAGAUUCGAUAACAAAGGGCCAUAUGAGUGUGAAAUCCGGAAUCCAUUUUAUAGCAAUAGGAGUGAUGCAUUCACACUGGAUGUUGCCUAUGGCCCAGAUACUGCCACAAUUGACCGUAUAAGCGAUCAAUUCGCAACCGGGAUAAAUGUUACCUUGAGCUGUGUUGCUGAUUCUAACCCACCAGCACAAUUCACUUGGUUACAGAAUGGACAAUCUGUCAGCAACUCAGCCUCAUUUUCUAUUAUUACUUCCCUGAAUCAUAUCGGAAACUAUACCUGUAUUGCAACUAACUCAUUUACUGGCUUGAAGCGCACUGCAAACAAGACUCUUAUGAUCUAUGCGCCACUGUCCAAACCUACCAUUGUCACCUCCAACAUUACUGCAGUGGAGACCAAGGACUUCUCAUUGACAUGCCAGGCUACAGGUCAAAUUCACGCUUACCAGUGGUUCAUAAACGGAGUUGCCACAGCUGGUAACAGGAUACAGCUGUCGCCAGAUAAGAGGACACUCACUCUCAGCAGGCUCACAAGAAGAGAUAACAAAGGGCCAUAUGAGUGUGAAAUCAGGAAUCCAUUUUAUAGCAAUAGCAGUGAUGCAUUCACACUGGAUGUUGCCUAUGGCCCAGAUAUUGCCACAAUUGACCGUAUAAGCGAUCAAUUCGCAAUGGGGAUAAAUGUUACCUUGAGCUGUGUUGCUGAUUCUAACCCACCAGCACAAUUCACUUGGUUACAGAAUGGACAAUCUGUCAGCAUCUCAGCCUCAUUUUCUAUUAUUACAUCCCUGAAUCAUAUCGGAAACUAUACCUGUAUUGCAACUAACUCAUUUACUGGCUUGAAGCGCAUUGCAAACAAGACUCUUAUGAUCUAUGCGCCAGUGUCCAAACCUACCAUUGUCACCUCCAACAUUACUGCAGUGGAGACCAAGGACUUCUCAUUGACAUGCCAGGCUACAGGCCAAAUUCACGCUUACCAGUGGUUCAUAAACGGAGUUGCCCCAGCUGGUAACAGGAUACAGCUGUCGCCAGAUAAGAGGACACUCACUCUCAGCAGGCUCACAAGAAGAGAUAACAAAGGGCCAUAUGAGUGUGAAAUCCGGAAUCCAUUUUAUAGCAAUAGGAGUGAUCCAUUCACACUGGAUGUUGCCUAUGGCCCAGAUAUUGCCACAAUUGACCAUAUAAGCGAUCAGUUCGCAACGGGGAUAAAUGUUACCUUGAGCUGUGUUGCUGAUUCUAACCCACCAGCACAAUUCACUUGGUUACAGAAUGGACAAUCUGUCAGCAACUCAGCCUCAUUUUCUAUUAUUACAUCCCUGAAUCAUAUCGGAAACUAUACCUGUAUUGCAACUAACUCAUUUACUGGCUUGACGCGCACUGCAAACAAGACUCUUAUGAUCUAUGCGCCACUGUCCAAACCUAACAUUCUCACCUCCAACAAUACUGCAGUGGAGACCAACGACUUCUCAAUGACAUGCAAUGCUACGGGUCAAAUUCACGCUUACCAGUGGUUCUUAAAUGGACUUGCCCCAGGUGGUAACAGGAUACAGCUGUCACCGGAUAAGAGGACACUCACUAUCCGCAGUCUCAGAAGAUCGGAAAACAAAGGGCCCUAUGUGUGUGAAAUCGAGAACCCAUUGUUUAGGAAAAGGAGUAAUCCAUUCACAUUGAAUGUUACCUAUGGCCCAGAUAUCGCCACAAUUGUACAUUCAGCCAAUGAGUACCCUACUGGGGCAAAUAUUACCUUGAGCUGUGUUGCUGAUUCUAACCCAGCAGCACAAUUCACUUGGUUACAGAAUGGACAAAGGAUCAGCAACUCAGCCACAUUUUCUGUUAUUGCAUCCCUGAGUGAUGCUGGCACCUAUACCUGUACUGCAUCUAACUUAUUCACUGGUUUGACUCGUACUGCAACCAAGAAUAUUACAAUCUAUGUGCCACUGUCCAAACCUACCAUCAUCACCUCCAACAAUACUGCAGUGGAGACCAAGGACUUCUCAAUGACAUGCAAUGCUACGGGUCAAAUUCAUGCUUACCGGUGGUUCAUAAAUGGACUUGCCCCAGUUGGUAGCAGGAUACAGCUGUCCCUGGAUAAGAGGAUACUCACUCUCCGCAGGCUCACAAGAAGGGAAAACAAAGGGCCCUAUGUGUGUGAAAUCGAGAACCCAUUGUUUCGGAAUAGGAGUGAUCCAUUCCCACUGAAUGUUACCUAUGGCCCAGAUAUCGCCACGAUUGUCCGUUCAGCUGGUGUGUACCCUACUGGGGUAAAUAUUACCUUGAGCUGUGUAGCUGAUUCUAACCCACCAGCACAAUUCACUUGGUUACAGAAUGGACAAUCUGUCAGCAACUCAGCCAUAUUUUCUGUUAUUUCAUCCCUGAAUCAUGCUGGAACCUAUACCUGUAUUGCAUCUAACUCAUUCACUGGCUUGACGCACACCGCAACCAAGAAUAUUAUAAUCUAUGCACCACUGUCCAAACCUACCAUCAUCACCUCCAACAAUACUGCAGUGGAGACCAAGGACUUCUCAAUGACAUGCAAUGCUACGGGUCAAAUUCACCCUUACCGGUGGUUCAUAAAUGGACUUGCCCCAGGUGGUAACAGGAUACAGCUGUCACAGGAUAACAGGACACUCACUAUCCGCAGUCUCAGAAGAUCGGAAAACAAAGGGCCCUAUGUGUGUGAAAUCGAGAACCCAUUGUUUCGGAAUAGGAGUGAUCCAUUCACACUGAAUGUUACCUAUGGCCCAGAUAUCGCCACAAUUGUACAUUCCCCCGAUGAGUACCCUACUGGGGCAAAUAUUACCUUGAGCUGUGUUGCUGAUUCUAACCCAGCAGCACAAUUCACUUGGUUACAGAAUGGACAAAGGAUCAGCAACUCAGCCACAUUUUCUGUUAUUGCAUCCCUGAGUGAUGCUGGCACCUAUACCUGUACUGCAUCUAACUUAUUCACUGGUUUGACUCGUACUGCAACCAAGAAUAUUACAAUCUAUGCGCCACUGUCCAAACCUACCAUUGUUACCUCCAACAAUACUGCAGUGGAGACCAAGGACUUCUCAAUGACUUGCAAUGCUACAGGUCAAAUUCACGCUUACCAGUGGUUCAUAAACGGAGUUGCCCCAGAUGGUCGCAGGAUACAGCUGUCGCCAGAUAGGAGGACACUCACUCUCAGCAGUCUCACAAGAUUCGAUAACAAAGGGCCCUAUGUGUGUGAAAUCGAGAACCCAUUGUUUCGGAAUAGGAGUGAUCCAUUCCCACUGAAUGUUACCUAUGGCCCAGAUAUCGCCACGAUUGUCCGUUCAGCUGGUGUGUACCCUACUGGGGUAAAUAUUACCUUGAGCUGUGUAGCUGAUUCUAACCCACCAGCACAAUUCACUUGGUUACAGAAUGGACAAUCUGUCAGCAACUCAGCCAUAUUUUCUGUUAUUUCAUCCCUGAAUCAUGCUGGAACCUAUACCUGUAUUGCAUCUAACUCAUUCACUGGCAUGACGCGCACCGCAACCAAGAAUAUUAUAAUCUAUGCACCACUGUCCAAACCUACCAUCAUCACCUCCAACAAUACUGCAGUGGAGACCAAGGACUUCUCAAUGACAUGCAAUGCUACGGGUCAAAUUCACGCUUACCGGUGGUUCAUAAAUGGACUUGCCCCAGGUGGUAACAGGAUACAGCUGUCGCAGGAUAACAGGACACUCACUAUCCGCAGUCUCAGAAGAACGGAAAACAAAGGGCCCUAUGUGUGUGAAAUAGAGAACCCAUUGUUUAGGAAAAGGAGUAAUCCAUUCACACUGAAUGUUACCUAUGGACCAGAUAUUGCCACAAUUGUACAUUCAGCCGAUGAGUACCCUACUGGGGCAAAUAUUACCUUGAGCUGUGUUGCUGAUUCUAACCCAGCAGCACAAUUCACUUGGUUACACAAUGGACAACCUGUCAGCAACUCAGCCACAUUUUCUGUUAUUGGAUCCCUGAAUCAUGCUGGCACUUAUACCUGUAUUGCAUCUAACUCAUUCACUGGUUUGAUGCGUACUGCAACCAAGAAUAUUAUAAUCUAUGCGCCACUGUCCAAACCUACCAUUGUCACCUCCAACAUUACUGCAGUGGAGACCAAGGACUUCUCAUUGACAUGCCAGGCUACAGGCCAAAUUCACGCUUACCAAUGGUUCAUAAACGGAGUUGCCCCAGCUGGUAGCAGGAUACAGCUGUCGGCAGAUAAGAGGACACUCACUCUCAGCAGGCUCACAAGAAGAGAUAACAAAGGGCCAUAUGAGUGUGAAAUCCGGAAUCCAUUUUCUAGCAAUAGGAGUGAACCAUUCACACUGGAUGUUGCCUAUGGCCCAGAUAUUGCCACAAUUGACCAUAUAAGCGAUCAGUUCGCAACGGGGAUAAAUGUUAACUUGAGCUGUGUUGCUGAUUCUAACCCACCAGCACAAUUCACUUGGUUACAGAAUGGACAAUCUGUCAGCAACUCAGCCUCAUUUUCUAUUAUUACAUCCCUGAAUCAUAUUGGAAACUAUACCUGUAUUGCAACUAACUCAUUUACUGGCUUGACGCGCACUGCAAAGAAGACUCUUAUGAUCUAUGCGCCACUGUCCAAACCUACCAUUGUCACCUCCAACAUUACUGCAGUGGAGACCAAGGACUUCUCAUUGACAUGCCAGGCUACAGGUCAAAUUCACGCUUACCAGUGGUUCAUAAACGGAUUUGCCCCAGCUGGUAGCAGGAUACAGCUGUCGCCAGAUAAGAGGACACUCACUCUCAGCAGGCUCACAAGAAGAGAUAACAAAGGGCCAUAUGAGUGUGAAAUCCAGAAUCCAUUUUCUAGCAAUAGGAGUGAACCAUUCACACUGGAUGUUGCCUAUGGCCCAGAUAUUGCCACAAUUGACCAUAUAAGAGAUCAGUUCGCAACGGGGAUAAAUGUUACCUUGAGCUGUGUUGCUGAUUCUAACCCACCAGCACAAUUCACUUGGUUACAGAAUGGACAAUCUGUCAGCAACUCAGCCUCAUUUUCUAUUAUUACAUCCCUGAAUCAUAUCGGAAACUAUACCUGUAUUGCAACUAACUCAUUUACUGGCUUGACGCGCACUGCAAAGAAGACUCUUAUGAUCUAUGCGCCACUGUCCAAACCUACCAUUGUCACCUCCAACAUUACUGCAGUGGAGACCAAGGACUUCUCAUUGACCUGCUAUGCUACAGGCCAAAUUCACGCUUACCAGUGGUUCAUAAACGGAGUUGCCCCAGCUGGUAGCAGGAUACAGCUGUCGCCAGAUAAGAGGACACUCACUCUCAGCAGGCUCACAAGAAGAGAUAACAAAGGGCCAUAUGAGUGUGAAAUCCGGAAUCCAUUUUAUAGCAAUAGGAGUGAUCCAUUCACACUGGAUGUUGCCUAUGGCCCAGAUAUUGCCACAAUUGACCAUAUAAGCGAUCAGUUCGCAACGGGGAUAAAUGUUACCUUGAGCUGUGUUGCUGAUUCUAACCCACCAGCACAAUUCACUUGGUUACAGAAUGGACAAUCUGUCAGCAACUCAGCCUCAUUUUCUAUUAUUACAUCCCUGAAUCAUAUUGGAAACUAUACCUGUAUUGCAACUAACUCAUUUACUGGCUUGACGCGCACUGCAAAGAAGACUCUUAUGAUCUAUGCGCCACUGUCCAAACCUACCAUUGUCACCUCCAACAUUACUGCAGUGGAGACCAAGGACUUCUCAUUGACAUGCCAGGCUACAGGCCAAAUUCACGCUUACCAGUGGUUCAUAAACGGAGUUGCCCCAGCUGGUAGCAGGAUACAGCUGUCGGCAGAUAAGAGGACACUCACUCUCAGCAGGCUCACAAGAAGAGAUAACAAAGGGCCAUAUGAGUGUGAAAUCCGGAAUCCAAUUUAUAACAAUAGGAAUGAUCCAUUCACACUGGAUGUUGCCUAUGGCCCAGAUAUUGCCACCAUUGACCGUAUAAGCGAUCAGUUCGCAACGGGGAUAAAUGUUACCUUGAGCUGUGUUGCUGAUUCUAACCCAGCAGCACAAUUCACUUGGUUACAUAAUGGACAAUCUGUCAGCAACUCAGCCUCAUUUUCUAUUAUUACAUCCCUGAAUCAUAUCGGAAACUAUACCUGUAUUGCAACUAACUCAUUUACUGGCUUGACGCGCACUGCAAACAAGACUCUUAUGAUCUAUGCGCCACUGUCCAAACCUACCAUUCUCACCUCCAACAAUACUGAAGUGGAGACCAAAGACUUCUCAUUGACCUGCAAUGCUACAGGUCAAAUUCACGCUUACAAGUGGUUCAUAAACGGAGUUGACCCAGCUGGUCGCAGGAUACAGCUGUCGCCAGAUAGGAGGACACUCACUCUCCGCAGUCUCACAAGAAGCGUUAACAAAGGGCCCUAUGUGUGUGAAAUCGAGAACCCAUUUUAUCGCAAUAGGAGUGAUCCAUUCACACUGGAUGUUGCCUAUGGCCCAGAUAUCGCCACAAUUGUACAUUCCCCCGAUGAGUACCCUACUGGGGCAAAUAUUACCUUGAGCUGUGUUGCUGAUUCUAACCCUGCAGCACAAUUCACUUGGUUACACAAUGGACAACCAGUCAGCAACUCAGCCACAUUUUCUAUUAUUGCAUCCCUGAGUGAUGCUGGCACUUAUACCUGUACUGCAUCUAACUCAUUCACUGGUUUGACGCGUACUGCAACCAAGAAUAUUAUAAUCUAUGCGCCACUGUCCAAACCUACCAUUGUCACCUCCAACAUUACUGCAGUGGAGACCAAGGACUUCUCAUUGACAUGCCAGGCUACAGGCCAAAUUCACACUUACCAGUGGUUCAUAAACGGAGUUGCCCCAGCUGGUAGCAGGAUACAGCUGUCGCCAGAUAAGAGGACACUCACUCUCAGCAGGCUCACAAGAAGAGAUAACAAAGGGCCAUAUGAGUGUGAAAUCCGGAAUCCAUUUUAUAGCAAUAGGAGUGAUCCAUUCACACUGGAUGUGGCCUAUGGCCCAGAUAUUGCCACCAUUGACCGUAUAAGCGAUCAGUUUGCAACGGGGAUAAAUGUUACCUUGAGCUGUGUUGCUGAUUCUAACCCACCAGCACAAUUCACUUGGUUACAGAAUGGACAAUCUGUCAGCAACUCAGCCUCAUUUUCUAUUAUUACAUCCCUGAAUCAUAUCGGAAACUAUACCUGUAUUGCAACUAACUCAUUUACUGGCUUGACGCGCACUGCAAACAAGACUCUUAUGAUCUAUGCGCCACUGCCCAAACCUAUCAUUGUCACCUCCAACAAUACUGCAGUGGAGACCAAGGACUUCUCAUUGACCUGCAAUGCUACGGGUCAAAUUCACACUUACCGGUGGUUCAUAAAUGGACUUGCCCCAGGUGGUAACAGGAUACAGCUGUCCCAGGAUAAGAGGAUACUCACUAUCCGCAGUCUCACAAGAAGGGAAAACAAAGGACCCUAUGUGUGUGAAAUUGAAAACCCAUUUUUUAUGGAUAGUAGUGAUCCAUUCAAACUGAAUGUUACCUAUGGUCCAGAUAACGCCACGAUUGUUCAUACAGUCAAUGAGUACCCUGUUGGGGCAAAUAUUACCUUGACCUGUUAUGCUAAUUCUAACCCAGCAGCACAAUUCACUUGGUUACAGAAUGGACAACCUGUCAGCAACUCAGCUACAUUUUCUUUUAUUGCAACCCUGAAUCAUGCUGGAACCUAUACUUGUAGUGCAUCUAACUCAUUCACUGGAUUGACGCGCACCGCAACCAAGAAUCUUAUAAUCUAUGCUCCUCUGUCCAAACCUACCAUUCUCACCUCCAACAUUACUGCAGUGGAGACCAAGGACUUCUCAUUCACAUGCCAGGGUAUAGGUCAAAUUCAUGCUUACUGGUGGCUCAUAAACGGAGUUGCCCCAGCUGGUGGCAGGAUACAGCUGUCCCCGGAUAAAAGGACACUCACUAUCCGCAGCCUCACAAGAAGGGAAAACAAAGGACCCUAUGUGUGUGGAAUCGAGAACCCACUGUUUAGCAAUAGGAGUGAUCCAUUCACACUGGAUGUUGCUUAUGGCCCAGAUAUCGCCACAAUUGUUCAUACACCGGAUGUGUACCCUACUGGGGCAAAUAUUACUUUGAGCUGUUCUGCUACAUCAAACCCACCAGUCCAAUUCACUUGGUUACAGAAUGGACAACCUGUCAGCAACUCAGCCACAUUUUCUUUUAUUGCAUCACUGAAUCAUGCUGGAACCUAUACCUGUACUGCAUCUAACUCAUUCACUGGAUUGACGCGCAACGCAACCAAGAAUCUUAUAAUCUAUGCGCCACUGUCCAAACCUACCAUUGUCACCUCCAACAUUACUGCAGUGGAGACCAAGGACUUCUCAAUGACAUGCCAGGCUACAGGUCAAAUUCACGCUUACCGGUGGUUCAUAAAUGGAGUUGCCCCAGCUGGUAGCAGGAUACAGCUGUCCCCGGAUAAGAAGAUACUCACUAUCCCCAAUCUCACAAGAAGGGAUAACAAAGGGCCAUAUGUGUGUGAAAUCGAGAACCCAUUGUUUAGCAAUAGGAGUGAUCCAUUCACACUGGAUGUUGCCUAUGGCCCAGAUAAUGCCACAAUUGUCCGAACACCAGAUGUGUACCCUACUGGGGCAAAUAUUAUCUUUAACUGUUCUGCUGAUUCUAACCCACCAGCCCAAUUCACUUGGUUAUACAACGGACAACAGAUCAGAAAUUCAUCCAUAUUUUCUAUUAUUGCAUCCGUGGGUGAUGCUGGCACCUAUACCUGUACUGCAUCCAACUCAUUAACUGGCUUGACGCGCACCGCAAGCAAGACUCUUAGAAUCUAUGCUCCACUGUCCAAACCAACCAUUCUCAUCUCCAACAAGACUGCAGUGGAGACCAAGGACUUCUCAAUGACAUGCCAGGCUACAGGUCAAAUUGAAGCUUACCAGUGGUUCAUAAAUGGACUUGCCCCAGUUGGUAGCAGGAUACAGCUGUCCCGGGAUAAGAGGACACUCACUCUCCCCAGGCUCACAAGAAGGGAUAACCAAGGGCCUUAUGUGUGUGGAAUUGAGAACCCAUUGUUUAGCAGUAUGAGUGAUCCAUUCACAGUAAAUGUUACCUAUGGCCCAGAUAAUGCCACAAUUGUCCGAACACCAGAUGUGUACCCUACUGGGGCAAAUAUUAUCUUUAACUGUUCUGCUGAUUCUAACCCACCAGCCCAAUUCACUUGGUUAUACAAAGGACAACAGAUCAGAAAUUCAUCCAUAUUUUCUAUUAUUGCAUCCGUGGGUGAUGCUGGCACCUAUACCUGUACUGCAUCCAACUCAUUAACUGGCUUGACGCGCACCGCAAGCAAGACUCUUAGAAUCUAUGCUCCACUGUCCAAACCAACCAUUCUCAUCUCCAACAAGACUGCAGUGGAGACCAAGGACUUCUCAAUGACAUGCCAGGCUACAGGUCAAAUUGAAGCUUACCAGUGGUUCAUAAAUGGACUUGCCCCAGUUGGUAGCAGGAUACAGCUGUCCCGGGAUAAGAGGACACUCACUCUCCCCAGGCUCACAAGAAGGGAUAACCAAGGGCCUUAUGUGUGUGGAAUUGAGAACCCAUUGUUUAGCAGUAUGAGUGAUCCAUUCACAGUAAAUGUUACCUAUGGCCCAGAUAAUGCCACAAUUGUCCGAACACCAGAUGUGUACCCUACUGGGGCAAAUAUUAUCUUUAACUGUUCUGCUGAUUCUAACCCACCAGCCCAAUUCACUUGGUUAUACAAAGGACAACAGAUCAGAAAUUCAUCCAUAUUUUCUAUUAUUGCAUCCGUGGGUGAUGCUGGCACCUAUACCUGUACUGCAUCCAACUCAUUAACUGGCUUGACGCGCACCGCAAGCAAGACUCUUAGAAUCUAUGCUCCACUGUCCAAACCAACCAUUCUCAUCUCCAACAAUACUGCAGUGGAGACCAAGGACUUCUCAAUGACAUGCCAGGCUACGGGUCAAAUUGAAGCUUACCAGUGGUUCAUAAAUGGACUUGCCCCAGUUGGUAGCAGGAUACAGCUGUCCCGGGAUAAGAGGACACUCACUCUCCCCAGGCUCACAAGAAGGGAUAACCAAGGGCCUUAUGUGUGUGGAAUUGAGAACCCAUUCUUUAGCAGUAGGAGUGAUCCAUUCCUACUGGAUGUUACCUAUGGCCCAGAUAAUGCCACAAUUGUCCGAACACCAGAUGUGUACCCUACUGGGGCAAAUAUUAUCUUUAACUGUUCUGCUGAUUCUAACCCACCAGCCCAAUUCACUUGGUUAUACAAAGGACAACAGAUCAGAAAUUCAUCCAUAUUUUCUAUUAUUGCAUCCGUGGGUGAUGCUGGCACCUAUACCUGUACUGCAUCCAACUCAUUAACUGGCUUGACGCGCACCGCAAGCAAGACUCUUAGAAUCUAUGCUCCACUGUCCAAACCAACCAUUCUCAUCUCCAACAAUACUGCAGUGGAGACCAAGGACUUCUCAAUGACAUGCCAGGCUACGGGUCAAAUUGAAGCUUACCAGUGGUUCAUAAAUGGACUUGCCCCAGUUGGUAGCAGGAUACAGCUGUCCCGGGAUAAUAGGAUACUCACUCUCCCCAGGCUCACAAGAAGGGAUAACCAAGGGCCUUAUGUGUGUGGAAUUGAGAAUGCAUUGUUUAGUAGUAUGAGUGAUCCAUUCAUACUGGAUGUUACCUAUGGCCCAGAUUAUGCCACAAUUGUCCGAACACCAGAUGUGUACCCUACUGGGGCAAAUAUUAUCUUUAACUGUUCUGCUGAUUCUAACCCACCAGCCCAAUUCAUUUGGCUACAGAAUGGACAAAGGGUCAGCAGCUCAGCCACAUUUUCUAUUAUUGCAUCCCUGAGUGAUGCUGGCACCUAUACCUGUAGUGCAUCCAACUCACUCACUGGCUUGACGCGCACUUCAAGCAAGACUAUUAUAAUCUAUGCGCCACUGUCCAAACCAACCAUUCUCAUCUCCAACAAUACUGCAGUGGAGACCAAGGACUUCUCAAUGACAUGCCAGGCUACGGGUCAAAUUCAUACUUACCGGUGGUUGGUAAACCAAAGUGCCCCAUCUGCUAGCAGGGUACAGCUGUCCCAGGAUAAGAGGAUACUCACUCUCCGCAGGCUCACAAGAAGGGAUAACCAAGGGCCAUAUGUGUGUGAAAUCGAGAACCCAUUGUUUAGGAGUAUGAGUGAUCCAUUCAUACUGGAUGUUGCCUAUGGCCCAGAUAUUGCCACGAUUGUCCAUACACCGGAUGUGUACCCUACUGGGGCAAAUAUUAUCUUUAACUGUUCUGCUGAUUCUAACCCACCAGCCCAAUUCAUUUGGCUACAGAAUGGACAAAGGGUCAGCAGCUCAGCCACAUUUUCUAUUAUUGCAUCCCUGAGUGAUGCUGGCACCUAUACCUGUACUGCAUCCAACUCAUUCACUGGCUUGACGCACAAUGCAAGCAAGACUAUUAUAAUCUAUGCACCACUGUCCAAACCAACCAUUCUCAUCUCCAACAAUACUGCAGUGGAGACCAAGGACUUCUCAAUGACAUGCAAUGCUACGGGUCAAAUUCAUGCUUACCGGUGGUUCAUAAACGGACUUGCCGCAGCUGGUAGCAGGAUACAACUGUCCCCGGAUAAGAGUACACUCACUCUCCCCAGGCUCACAAGAAGGGAUAACAAAGGGCCAUAUGUGUGUGAAAUCGAGAACCCAUUGUUUAGGAAUAGGAGUGAUCCAUUCCCACUGGAUGUUACCUAUGGCCCAGAUAUCGCCACGAUUGUCCUUACACCGGAUGUGUACCCUACUGGGGCAAAUAUUACCUUUAGCUGUUUUGUUGAUUCUAACCCACCAGCACAAUUCACUUGGUUACAGAAUGGACAAAGGAUCAGCAACUCAGCCACAUUUUCUAUUAUUGCAUCCCUGAGUGUUGCUGGCACCUAUACCUGUACUGCAUCUAACUUAUUCACUGGUUUGACUCGUACUGCAACCAAGAAUAUUACAAUCUAUGUGCCACUGUCCAAACCUACCAUCAUCACCUCCAACAAUACUGCAGUGGAGACCAAGGACUUCUCAAUGACAUGCAAUGCUACGGGUCAAAUUCAUGCUUACCGGUGGUUCAUAAAUGGACUUGCCCCAGUUGGUAGCAGGAUACAGCUGUCCCCGGAUAAGAGGAUACUCACUCUCCGCAGGCUCACAAGAAGGGAAAACAAAGGGCCCUAUGUGUGUGAAAUCGAGAACCCAUUGUUUCGGAAUAGGAGUGAUCCAUUCCCACUGAAUGUUACCUAUGGCCCAGAUAUCGCCACGAUUGUCCGUUCAGCUGGUGUGUACCCUACUGGGGUAAAUAUUACCUUGAGCUGUGUAGCUGAUUCUAACCCACCAGCACAAUUCACUUGGUUACAGAAUGGACAAUCUGUCAGCAACUCAGCCAUAUUUUCUGUUAUUUCAUCCCUGAAUCAUGCUGGAACCUAUACCUGUAUUGCAUCUAACUCAUUCACUGGCUUGACGCACACCGCAACCAAGAAUAUUAUAAUCUAUGUGCCACUGUCCAAACCUACCAUCAUCACCUCCAACAAUACUGCAGUGGAGACCAAGGACUUCUCAAUGACAUGCAAUGCUACGGGUCAAAUUCAUGCUUACCGGUGGUUCAUAAAUGGACUUGCCCCAGUUGGUAGCAGGAUACAGCUGUCCCCGGAUAAGAGGAUACUCACUCUCCGCAGGCUCACAAGAAGGGAAAACAAAGGGCCCUAUGUGUGUGAAAUCGAGAACCCAUUGUUUCGGAAUAGGAGUGAUCCAUUCCCACUGAAUGUUACCUAUGGCCCAGAUAUCGCCACGAUUGUCCGUUCAGCUGGUGUGUACCCUACUGGGGUAAAUAUUACCUUGAGCUGUGUAGCUGAUUCUAACCCACCAGCACAAUUCACUUGGUUACAGAAUGGACAAUCUGUCAGCAACUCAGCCAUAUUUUCUGUUAUUUCAUCCCUGAAUCAUGCUGGAACCUAUACCUGUAUUGCAUCUAACUCAUUCACUGGCUUGACGCACACCGCAACCAAGAAUAUUAUAAUCUAUGCACCACUGUCCAAACCUACCAUCAUCACCUCCAACAAUACUGCAGUGGAGACCAAGGACUUCUCAAUGACAUGCAAUGCUACGGGUCAAAUUCCUGCUUACCGGUGGUUCAUAAAUGGACUUGCCCCAGGUGGUAACAGGAUACAGCUGUCGCCGGAUAAGAGGACACUCACUAUCCGCAGUCUCAGAAGAACGGAAAACAAAGGGCCCUAUGUGUGUGAAAUCGAGAACCCAUUGUUUCGGAAUAGGAGUGAUCCAUUCCCACUGAAUGUUACCUAUGGCCCAGAUAUCGCCACAAUUGUACAUUCAGCCAAUGAGUACCCUACUGGGGCAAAUAUUACCUUGAGCUGUGUUGCUGAUUCUAACCCAGCAGCACAAUUCACUUGGUUACAGAAUGGACAACCAGUCAGCAACUCAGCCACAUUUUCUAUUAUUGCAUCCCUGAGUGAUGCUGGCACCUAUACCUGUACUGCAUCUAACUUAUUCACUGGUUUGACUCGUACUGCAACCAAGAAUAUUACAAUCUAUGCGCCACUGUCCAAACCUACCAUUGUUACCUCCAACAAUACUGCAGUGGAGACCAAGGACUUCUCAAUGACUUGCAAUGCUACAGGUCAAAUUCACGCUUACCAGUGGUUCAUAAACGGAGUUGCCCCAGCUGGUCACAGGAUACAGCUGUCGCCAGAUAGGAGGACACUCACUCUCCGCAGUCUCACAAGAUUCGAUAACAAAGGGCCCUAUGUGUGUGAAAUCGAGAACCCAUUGUUUCGGGAUAGGAGUGAUCCAUUCCCACUGAAUGUUACCUAUGGCCCAGAUAUCGCCACGAUUGUCCGUUCAGCUGGUGUGUACCCUACUGGGGUAAAUAUUACCUUGAGCUGUGUAGCUGAUUCUAACCCACCAGCACAAUUCACUUGGUUACAGAAUGGACAAUCUGUCAGCAACUCAGCCAUAUUUUCUGUUAUUUCAUCCCUGAAUCAUGCUGGAACCUAUACCUGUAUUGUAUCUAACUCAUUCACUGGCUUGACGCACACCGCAACCAAGAAUAUUAUAAUCUAUGCACCACUGUCCAAACCUACCAUCAUCACCUCCAACAAUACUGCAGUGGAGACCAAGGACUUCUCAAUGACAUGCAAUGCUACGGGUCAAAUUCCUGCUUACCGGUGGUUCAUAAAUGGACUUGCCCCAGGUGGUAACAGGAUACAGCUGUCGCCGGAUAAGAGGACACUCACUAUCCGCAGUCUCAGAAGAACGGAAAACAAAGGGCCCUAUGUGUGUGAAAUCGAGAACCCAUUGUUUCGGAAUAGGAGUGAUCCAUUCCCACUGAAUGUUACCUAUGGCCCAGAUAUCGCCACAAUUGUACAUUCAGCCAAUGAGUACCCUACUGGGGCAAAUAUUACCUUGAGCUGUGUUGCUGAUUCUAACCCUGCAGCACAAUUCACUUGGUUACACAAUGGACAACCAGUCAGCAACUCAGCCACAUUUUCUAUUAUUGCAUCCCUGAGUGAUGCUGGCACUUAUACCUGUACUGCAUCUAACUCAUUCACUGGUUUGACUCGUACUGCAACCAAGAAUAUUAUAAUCUAUGCGCCAGUGUCCAAACCUACCAUUGUCACCUCCAACAUUACUGCAGUGGAGACCAAGGACUUCUCAUUGACAUGCCAGGCUACAGGUCAAAUUCACGCUUACCAGUGGUUCAUAAACGGAGUUGCCCCAGCUGGUAGCAGGAUACAGCUGUCGCCAGAUAAGAGGACACUCACUCUCAGCAGGCUCACAAGAAGAGAUAACAAAGGGCCAUAUGAGUGUGAAAUCCAGAAUCCAUUUUAUAGCAAUAGGAGUGAUCCAUUCACACUGGAUGUUGCCUAUGGCCCAGAUAUUGCCACAAUUGACCGUAUAAGCGAUCAGUUCGCAACGGGGAUAAAUGUUACCUUGAGCUGUGUUGCUGAUUCUAACCCACCAGCACAAUUCACUUGGUUACAGAAUGGACAAUCUCUCAGCAACUCAGCCUCAUUUUCUAUUAUUACAUCCCUGAAUCAUAUCGGAAACUAUACCUGUAUUGCAACUAACUCAUUUACUGGCUUGACGCGCACUGCAAACAAGACUCUUAUGAUCUAUGCGCCACUGUCCAAACCUACCAUUCUCACCUCCAACAAUACUGAAGUGGAGACCAAAGACUUCUCAUUGACCUGCAAUGCUACAGGUCAAAUUCACGCUUACCAGUGGUUCAUAAACGGAGUUGCCCCAGCUGGUCGCAGGAUACAGCUGUCGCCAGAUAGGAGGACACUCACUCUCCGCAGUCUCACAAGAAGCGUUAACAAAGGGCCCUAUGUGUGUGAAAUCGAGAACCCAUUUUAUCGCAUUAGGAGUGAUCCAUUCACACUGGAUGUUGCCUAUGGCCCAGAUAUCGCCACAAUUGUACAUUCAGCCGAUGAGUACCCUACUGGGGCAAAUAUUACCUUGAGCUGUGUUGCUGAUUCUAACCCUGCAGCACAAUUCAAUUGGUUACACAAUGGACAACCAGUCAGCAACUCAGCCACAUUUUCUAUUAUUGCAUCCCUGAGUGAUGCUGGCACUUAUACCUGUACUGCAUCUAACUCAUUCACUGGUUUGACUCGUACUGCAACCAAGAAUAUUAUAAUCUAUGAGCCACUGUCCAAACCUACCAUUGUCACCUCCAACAUUACUGCAGUGGAGACCAAGGACUUCUCAUUGACAUGCCAGGCUACAGGUCAAAUUCACACUUACCAGUGGUUCAUAAACGGAGUUGCCCCAGCUGGUAGCAGGAUACAGCUGUCGCCAGAUAAGAGGACACUCACUCUCAGCAGGCUCACAAGAAGAGAUAACAAAGGGCCAUAUGAGUGUGAAAUCUGGAAUCCUAUUUAUAGCAAUAGGAGUGAUCCAUUCACACUGGAUGUUGCCUAUGGCCCAGAUAUUGCCACAAUUGACCAUAUAAGCGAUCAGUUCGCAACGGGGAUAAAUGUUUCCUUGAGCUGUGUUGCUGAUUCUAACCCACCAGCACAAUUCACUUGGUUACAGAAUGGACAAUCUGUCAGCAACUCAGCCUCAUUUUCUAUUAUUACAUCCCUGAAUCAUAUCGGAAACUAUACCUGUAUUGCAACUAACUCAUUUACUGGCUUGACGCGCACUGCAAACAAGACUCUUAUGAUCUAUGCGCCACUGUCCAAACCUACCAUUCUCACCUCCAACAAUACUGAAGUGGAGACCAAAGACUUCUCAUUGACCUGCAAUGCCACAGGUCAAAUUCACGCUUACAAGUGGUUCAUAAACGGAGUUGCCCCAGCUGGUCGCAGGAUACAGCUGUCGCCAGAUAGGAGGACACUCACUCUCCGCAGUCUCACAAGAAGCGAUAACAAAGGGCCCUAUGUGUGUGAAAUCGAGAACCCAUUUUAUCGCAAUAGGAGUGAUCCAUUCACACUGGAUGUUGCCUAUGGCCCAGAUAUCGCCACAAUUGUACAUUCAGCCGAUGAGUACCCUACUGGGGCAAAUAUUACCUUGAGCUGUGUUGCUGAUUCUAACCCUGCAGCACAAUUCAAUUGGUUACACAAUGGACAACCAGUCAGCAACUCAGCCACAUUUUCUAUUAUUGCAUCCCUGAGUGAUGCUGGCACUUAUACCUGUACUGCAUCUAACUCAUUCACUGGUUUGACGCGUACUGUAACCAAGAAUAUUAUAAUCUAUGCACCAGUGUCCAAACCCACCAUUGUCACCUCCAACAUUACUGCAGUGGAGACCAAGGACUUCUCAUUGACAUGCCAGGCUACAGGCCAAAUUCACGCUUACCAGUGGUUCAUAAACGGAGUUGCCCCAGCUGGUAGCAGGAUACAGCUGUCGCCAGAUAAGAGGACACUCACUCUCAGCAGGCUCACAAGAAGAGAUAACAAAGGGCCAUAUGAGUGUGAAAUCCGGAAUCCAUUUUAUAGCAAUAGGAGUGAUCCAUUCACACUGGAUGUUGCCUAUGGCCCAGAUAUUGCCACAAUUGACCAUAUAAGCGAUCAGUUCACAACGGGGAUAAAUGUUACCUUGAGCUGUGUUGCUGAUUCUAACCCACCAGCACAAUUCACUUGGUUACAGAAUGGACAAUCUGUCAGCAACUCAGCCUCAUUUUCUAUUAUUACAUCCCUGAAUCAUAUCGGAAACUAUACCUGUAUUGCAACUAACUCAUUUACUGGCUUGACGCGCACUGCAAACAAGACUCUUAUGAUCUAUGCGCCACUGCCCAAACCUACCAUUGUCACCUCCAACAAUACUGCAGUGGAGACCAAGGACUUCUCAUUGACCUGCAAUGCUACGGGUCAAAUUCACACUUACCGGUGGUUCAUAAAUGGACUUGCCCCAGGUGGUAACAGGAUACAGCUGUCCCAGGAUAAGAGGAUACUCACUAUCCGCAGUCUCACAAGAAGGGAAAACAAAGGACCCUAUGUGUGUGAAAUUGAAAACCCAUUUUUUAUGGAUAGUAGUGAUCCAUUCACACUGAAUGUUACCUAUGGCCCAGAUAACGCCACGAUUGUUCAUACAGUCAAUGAGUACCCUGUUGGGGCAAAUAUUACCUUGACCUGUUAUGCUAAUUCUAACCCAGCAGCACAAUUCACUUGGUUACAGAAUGGACAACCUGUCAGCAACUCAGCUACAUUUUCUUUUAUUGCAACCCUGAAUCAUGCUGGAACCUAUACUUGUAUUGCAUCUAACUCAUUCACUGGAUUGACGCGCACCGCAACCAAGAAUCUUAUAAUCUAUGCUCCUCUGUCCAAACCUACCAUUCUCACCUCCAACAUUACUGCAGUGGAGACCAAGGACUUCUCAUUCACAUGCCAGGGUAUAGGUCAAAUUCAUGUUUACUGGUGGCUCAUAAACGGAGUUGCCCCAGCUGGUGGCAGGAUACAGCUGUCCCCGGAUAAAAGGACACUCACUAUCCGCAGCCUCACAAGAAGGGAAAACAAAGGACCCUAUGUGUGUGGAAUCGAGAACCCAAUGUUUAGCAAUAGGAGUGAUCCAUUCACACUGGAUGUUGCUUAUGGCCCAGAUAUCGCCACAAUUGUUCAUACACCGGAUGUGUACCCUACUGGGGCAAAUAUUACUUUGAGCUGUUCUGCUACAUCAAACCCACCAGUCCAAUUCACUUGGUUACACAAUGGACAAUCUGUCAGCAACUCAGCCACAUUUUCUUUUAUUGCAUCACUGAAUCAUGCUGGAACCUAUACCUGUACUGCAUCUAACGCAUUCACUGGAUUGACGCGCAACGCAACCAAGAAUCUUAUAAUCUAUGCGCCACUGUCCAAACCUACCAUUGUCACCUCCAACAUUACUGCAGUGGAGACCAAGGACUUCUCAAUGACAUGCCAGGCUACAGGUCAAAUUCACGCUUACCGGUGGUUCAUAAAUGGAGUUGCCCCAGCUGGUAGCAGGAUACAGCUGUCCCCGGAUAAGAAGAUACUCACUAUCCCCAAUCUCACAAGAAGGGAUAACAAAGGGCCAUAUGUGUGUGAAAUCGAGAACCCAUUGUUUAGCAAUAGGAGUGAUCCAUUCACACUGGAUGUUGCCUAUGGCCCAGAUAUCGCCAUGAUUGUCCGUACACAGGAUGUGUACCCUACUGGGGCAAAUAUUACCUUGAGCUGUUCUGCUAUUUCUAACCCACCAGUACAAUUCACUUGGUUACAGAAUGGACAACCAGUCAGCAACUCAGCCACAUUUUCUUUUAUUGCAUCCCUGAAUCGUGCUGGAACCUAUACCUGUAUUGCAUCUAACUCAUUCACUGGCUUGGCACACACUGCAAACAAGACUCUUAUAAUCUAUGCGCCACUGUCCAAACCCACCAUUCUCACCUCCAACAGGACUGCAGUGGAGACCAAGGACUUCUCAUUGACAUGCCAGGGUAUAGGUCAAAUUCACGCUUACCGGUGGUUCAUAAAUGGACUUGCCCCAUCUGGUAGCAGGAUACAGCUGUCCCCGGAUAAGAAGAUACUCACUAUCGGCAAUCUUACAAGAAGGGAAAACAAAGGACCCUAUGUGUGUGAAAUUGAGAACCCAUUGUUUAGAAAUAGGAGUGAUCCAUUCACACUGAAUGUUACCUAUGGCCCAGAUAUUGCCACGAUUGCCCAUUCAGUAGAUGAGUACCCUAUUGGAGCAAAUAUUACCUUGAGCUGUUCUGCUGUUUCUAAUCCACCAGUCCAAUUCACUUGGUUGCACAACGGACAACCAGUCAGCAACUCAGCCACAUUUUCAUUUAUUGCAUCCAUGACUCUUUCUGGAACUUAUACCUGUAAUGCAGCCAACUCAUUGACUGGCUUGACACGCUCCGCAACCAAGAAUGUUAUAAUCUAUGCGCCACUGUCCAAACCUACCAUUGUCACCUCCAACAUUACUGCAGUGGAGACCAAGGACUUCUCAUUCACAUGCCAGGCUACAGGUCAAAUUCACACUUACCGGUGGUUCAUAAAUGGACUUGCCCCAUCUGGUAGCAGGAUACAGCUGUCCCCGGAUAAGAGGACACUCACUAUCCGCAAUCUCAUAAGAACGGAAAACAAAGGACCCUAUGAGUGUGAAAUCCAGAACCCAUUUUAUAGCAAUAGGAGUGAUCCAUUCACACUGGACGUUGCCUAUGGACCAGAUACUGCCACGAUUGUCCGUACAGUUGAUGAGUACCCUAUUGGGGCAAAUAUUACCUUGAGCUGUUCUUCUAAAUCAAACCCGCCAGUCCAAUUCACUUGGUUACACAAUGGGCAACCUGUCAGCAACUCUGCCACAUUUUCUUUUACUGCAUCCCUGAGUCUUGCUGGAACUUAUACCUGUAGUGCGGCCAACUCAUUCACUGGUUUGACGCGCACCGCAACCAAGAAUGUUAUAAUCUAUGCGCCUCUGUCCACACCUAUCAUUGUCACCUCCAACAAUACUGCAGUGGAGACCAAGGACUUCUCAUUCACAUGCCAGGCUACAGGUCAAAUUCACACUUACAGGUGGUUCAUAAACGGACUUGCCCCAGCUGGUAGCAGGAUACAACUGUCCCAGGAUAAGAGCACACUCACUAUCCGCAGGCUCACAAGAAGGGAAAACAAAGGACCCUAUGUGUGUGAAAUCAAGAACCCAUUUUAUAGCAAUAGGAGUGAUCCAUUCACACUGGAUGUUGCCUAUGGCCCAGAUACCGCCACGAUUGUCCGUACAGUUGACGAGUACCCUAUUGGGGCAAAUAUUACCUUGAGCUGUUCUGCUACAUCAAACCCACCAGUCCAAUUCACUUGGUUACAGAAUGGACAACCUGUCAGCAACUCAGCCACAUUUUCUUUUAUUGCAUCCCUGAGUCUUGCUGGAACUUAUACCUGUAGUGCGGCCAACUCAUUCACUGGCUUGACGCGCACCGCAACCAAGAAUGUUAUAAUCUAUGCGCCACUGUCCAAACCUACCAUCAGCACCUCCAACAUUGCCCCAGUGGAGAACAAGGACUUCUCAAUGACAUGCCAGGCUACGGGUCAAAUUCACACUUACCGGUGGUUCAUAAACCAAAGUGCCCCAUCUGGUAGCAGGCUACAACUGUCCCCGGAUAAGAGGACAUUCACUAUCCGCAGUGUCACAAGAAGGGAAAACAAAGGGCCGUAUGUGUGUGAAAUCAAGAACCCAUUUUAUAGCAAUAGGAGUGAUCCCUUAACACUGAAUGUUACCUAUGGACCAGAUACCCCCGUAAUCGUCCCUACAAUUGAUGAGUACCCUAUUGGGGCAAAUAUUACAUUGCUUUGUUCUGCUGUAUCUAACCCACCAGCCCAAUUUAAUUGGUUAUACAAUGGACAACAGGUCAGCAACUCAGCCACAUUCUCUACUAUAACAUUCCUGAGUCAGUCUGGAACCUAUACCUGUCAUGCAUCUAAUUCAUUCACUGGCUUGCAGGCCACCAAAGACAUGAAUAUUACAAUCUAUGGGCCACUGUCCAGACCUAUCAUCAACAGCCCCAACAGGAUCCCAGUGGAGAACAUUGACACUGUCUCAUUGACCUGCAACGCUACGGGUCAAGUUCGCACUUACCAGUGGUUCAUAAACAAUCGUGCCCCAACUGAUAACAGGAUACAGCUGACCAGAGAUAAGAGGACACUCACUGUAGGCAGUCUCACAAGGGAACAUGAAGGAUCCUAUGUGUGUGAAAUCAAGAACCCAUUUUAUAGCAAUAGGAGUGAUCCAUUCAAACUGAAUGUUUACUAUGGGCCAGAUAAUGCCACAAUUCUACCUAAAGUCGAUAGGUACCCUGUUGGGACAAAUAUUACCCUGAGCUGUUCUGCUAAAUCUAAACCACCUGCCAAAUUCAUUUGGUUUCAUAAAGGAAAAAAAUGGAGGCCCUCAGCCAAACUCUCUCUUACUAAUGUGUCCCUGAAGCAUGCUGGAACCUAUAUCUGUCAGGCAUUUAACUCACAUACUGGCUUGAAUAGCACCAAAGACAAGAAUCUUACAAUCUAUAUCGAAGAAAAGAAUUUUACAGACUCUGAAGAAAAGAACGUUAAAAUCAAUGCUGAGUUUACAAUGUAUGGGAACCUGUUGAGUCCCAGCAAAAUCAACAACACUGGUUUUGUCAUAGAGAAUGGCACCGCAAUCUUGACGUGCAACACAGAGGGUUACGGUUUACCAGAUGUUUGGUGGUACUACAAGAAUAAGAGAAUGGUCCUCAAUGACAGGAUGACUCUCUCUAACUUUUACCAGACCCUCACCAUAACGCCUGCAAAGACAGAAGACAGUGGAGCCUAUCGUUGUGAAAUAUGGGAUCCAUUCCUUGUCUAUAGAAGUCCCUUAUUCAACCUGGUUGUCUGCUAUGGACCAGAGAAAAUCAAGAUUUUUCCAAACUCUGUUAAUGGACAGAUUGAGGUCACAUUAAAGGAGAAUCUGACUUUAGGGUGUCAGGCUACUUCUGAACCACCGGCCCAGUAUACAUGGCAAAUCAAUGGUUCUUCUAUAGCUGAAAAUUCAGGAAAUAAUUACACGAUCUACCGAGCAUCUUGGGAUCAUGCAGGAACAUAUACGUGUAUAGCAAUAAACGACAUGGUAAAUGCAACAAUCUCUAAAAACAUCAGAGUCAGGGUGAUUGAAAAGGAGGCUCAUACACUCUCUGGAGGGGCCAUUAUUGGCCUUGUGAUUGGAUUCCUGGCUGUAGUGGUUCUCAUCGGGGCUCUCGUCUAUUUCCUGUUCAUCAGAACAUCUUCAGGAGAAGACCCUGCUGAACCCCAAUAUUUCUAUCAAUAGCACCAGCAACAUCAUAGACAAUGGCACCGCGGCCUUGACGCGCAACACAGAGAAUGAAUAUUUGAAUAUAGCCAGAGAGAAUGCUGGCACCUGAGAAAUGGAUCAUCUUUUUGUAGAGCAACCAGGAGGCCAGUGUUAUCAAAGGGAAUAGUUCACUGGCUGGGCUAUGGGAAAGAAGAUAUUCCAAAAUGAAUGGUAUGAAAGCAAAAGGCAUCAAUAAAAAUAUCAAAAAUUAUUCAAAAAAAAAAAAAGAAACUGUCCAGGUGGAGACAUCCAAGUGGAUUCAAGGGACAAGAAGAGCUGAGCACAGAGAUCAGGACUAGAGAUUUUGAUUCAAAGGAGAGAUGCUACAGGGGAUUUUUUCAGGCCAGACUAAGCUGCCUGUCCCUUCUCCCAGUCUUGGCAGCCUGUUCAGAGUAGUUAGCACUGGUAUAAUGAGGGCAGAGGGGCACACUGUGUGCCCCCAUCUAUACAACACCUGCUUUACAUGCACCUUUGUUUCCCCACCUUGGCUAUUGAGCAGAAAUGACAAAUCCAUCUUCUUCUUA